AUGGCGCUUGAACUUCACACCUGGGGCCCGGCGUUCGGCCUGCCCUCGAUUGACGCGGAAUGUAUUGCUGCGAUUGCAUUACUUACGCUCGCUGUGCCGAAAGCGGAUCCACCGGCCUGGGUGUUGAUACCUGGAAGCGACCCCAACAUUGUUCCUACACAGAAGCUACCUGCGCUAUGGACGGGGCUAAGAUGGGUUAGCGGAUUCGAGAAUAUCGUUCAAUUCCUGAAGCAAUACUCUGGCGGGAAGUGGAAUCUGGAUGGAUGGGUUAGUCCUGAAGAAAAAUCAGACAUUGUCGCGCUCUCGUGUGUCCUCGAAAGUCGUGGCACACUGCUCAUCGAUCUGUCUCUGUAUGACAAUAGCGAAAACUACCGCUUCGCCACGUCCCCCGCUUAUGGAACCAUGCUCCAAUGGCCAAAUCAAUGGAUCAUUCCACCUGCGAUACUGUCACGCGCCAAAGCGAGAGCAGCGUUAUUUGGCGUGCACUCGGCGAACGACCCGGACGUUGAGCAAGAGAGGCAGCAAGGGCGGAGUUCAAUUCAACUGGCCGCAGCCCAUAUUCCAAAGAGCCUGACGACUAAACCCCGAGAAACUAUGUCUAGCGCAUUGGGACAGGCAUCGUCUCGAUUUCGGCUGCGGAACUUGGUGGAUUUUGUUGCGACACCGCUAGAAGAGGUAAUCACCAACAAGGAUCCCAGUGCAAGGCGGGUGUCAACUUUGGACUGCUUAGCGCUGGGGUAUAUCUCGCUAGCCCUUAUCCCUAACCUGCCUGACCCGUGGCUCAAAGACUAUCUAUUGGAUCUGGCGCCAUCGCUUUGCUCCUAUGUUGAUGAAAUGCAAGCCUCGUGUUUUGGAGGCCAGAUCGAUGCGGCAGCGGUGUUAUCAGGGAACGUGUCUAACUCUCACCUGCCUUGGCAGCUUCCACCUAAAAUUGGCCUUGCGGGUAUUGGUCGAAGCCUCCUUGAAGGCGUCGCCGAUUCGAUCCCGGUAAUAAAGGAUAUCCGCCUGAGCAGACGCCUCCAAGAAACAGGUAUGGAAGCGUCGCUUAAUCCCAAAGAGGUCUCGACGGCGGCCAAACACUACAGGCAGGAUGCUUUGGUGUCUGCAGCGACGACAGUGAUCGGCGUGGGCAUGUUUGUGUUUUACAUCUUCAAGGUUGGCCUAGUUCAGGUGGUGGACACGGAUGAGGAGCAAGACGGAGAAGAGCCGCAACCCGGGUCAGCCGACGAGCCGCAACGCGCACAAUCGCAAUUCGGUGAGGCAGGCUCGAUCCUGGGACUGUGA